CCGGAAAGGUACAAAAUAUGCAUGAAAUAUAUUGCAAAUAUGAAUUGCAACACAUGAAGGUUCCUUAACUAAAGGAUUGUGGCCUUUUGCCUCAAAUGAGAAUCCUCUGGACGGCAUAUGGUCAGUGAGGAAUCAGCUGAUGUCGACUGCGCGCCCACUUACGAGAUGAAUAGAUUGGGAAACUUGAUCUUUGGCCUAAUCUUCUUAAAUUUCUAUAUAAAGACCCCUCUAGGCAUGCAGUAACAUUCACACCACAAAUUACCGAUACCACUAUUUGACUCGUCUUAUGAGAACCAGAAGAAUGGCUGCCAUUUCCCUUGAUCCAAGGUUUAACCUCCAAGCUGAAAGGAACCCUCAACAACAUGGAGGAAUCGUUGAGGAGAUUGAAGGUCUCAUUCGAGUAUACAGAGAUGGACGCGUCGAAAGGCCUCCGAUUGUUCCUAUUGUCCCUUGCACCAUGGGACUAGAGCGUGGCGUGACAGCAAACGAUGUUGUAGUCGACAGGUACAUGAGUUUGUGGGCACGCGUGUAUGUCCCGAGUUGUUCCGGAAAGCUUCCAUUGCUUGUUUACUUCCAUGGAGGUGGGUUUUGUGUCGGCUCCACUUCUUGGAGCUGUUACAAUGAGUUUCUGUCCAGCCUUGCUUCUAAAGCAAAUUGCGUGAUCAUCUCUGUAAAUUAUCGUCUGGCCCCUGAGAAUCGUCUUCCUGCUGCAUAUGAGGACGGUCUCACCACUCUUAUGUGGGUGAAACAGCAAGCUAUAAAUGGUUCUAGCGAGCACAAAUGGUGGUUGAAGCUUUGCAAUCUUUCUAGCAUCUACCUAGCUGGUGACAGUGCAGGGGCCAACAUAGCUUACAAUGUGGCCACACGGCUCGGUUCAAGUGGUUCAUCCGAAUCCACCAUUUUAAGGCCGCUGUCUCUCAAAGGUACCAUCUUGGUCCAACCUUUCUUUGGAGGAGAGGCACUCACUUGGUCCGAAAAGUAUAGCAAUCAACCACCUAAUUCAGCGCUGACCCUGUCGGCGUCAGAUGCAUAUUGGCGUUUAUCCCUACCUCUAGGAGCAAACUGCGACCAUCCAUGGUGUAACCCUCUAGCAAAUGGCGCCGCAGCCAGGUUGAGGAAUUUAAGACUUCCAACCAUAAUGGUAUGCGUAUCAGAAAUGGAUAUACUGAAGGAUAGGAACUUGGAAUUUUGCUCUGCUUUGAUUAGCGCAGGGAAAAGGGUGGAAACAGUGAUGCACAAUGGCGUAGGACAUGCAUUUCAACUUCUGCAUAACUCUCAGUUGUCUCAACCUCGAACCCACGACAUGAUGUCUCGUAUCAAGGCUUUCAUCAAGGAGUGACUACCGAAAUUAAUGUCUUUCUUUCUUUUUAUUCUUUUACUGCUUGGUUUGUGUCGAUGUUGAAAAUGUUGCCGGCUAAAUUACGUCUGUUUGUUAAACAGCAAAGGUACCCGUGCUCUUGUUUUGUAGUUGUAUGAAUUAAAAGUUGCCUAA